UUUUGUCCUGGAUAACGAUGGGGAACGGUACGAACAACCGGGAAAAGGGAACCCCCUGGUUUGGAGUUUAUGUGGCUCUACUGCUUUUGUUUGGAGAGCAUGUUUGGGCUCAGAUUAGGUAUUCUGUUCCUGAGGAGGUUAAAGACGGAACGGUGGUGGGAAACAUUGCCAAGGAUCUCGGGUUGGACAUCAGCAGCUUGACUGAUCGACGGUUCCGUGUGGUGUCUGGAUCCAAGGAGGCUAUUUUUGAGGUAAAUCAGAACAAUGGAGCUCUGUACGUGAACAAACAUAUUGACAGAGAGGAGCUGUGCCAGGGCGGUUCUGCUUGUCUCAUGGAGCUCAAAAUCCUUGUGGAAAACCCACUUGAAAUCCACUACGUGUUGGUGGAAAUCGCCGACGUGAACGACCAUUCUCCGAGCUUCCCCGAAGCCGAGCAGACGUUCGAAAUAGCAGAACACACUUUGCCAGGGAGGAGGUUUCAAUUGCACACGGCCCGGGAUCCAGAUGCGGGCGUCAACUCCAUCCGAACGUAUACAUUGACGCAAAAUGAUCAUUUUGAAGUCAAUAUUCGGCAAAGCGAUGCGGGGAAGGUUCCAUUUUUGGUGCUGAAGAAAUCUCUGGACCGGGAGCAGAAGGACAAACAUUGGUUGCUGGUCACAGCGGUGGAUGGGGGUAAACCUCCACUUUCAGGCACUCUAAAUGUGUCCAUUGUUGUUCUUGACAGCAAUGACAAUAGACCCAUUUUUAGCCAGGAUAUUUAUGAAGUUACAAUAGCAGAAAAUAUUAAAAUUGGGACGGGCAUAUUUCAAAUGAAUGCAACAGAUCCAGAUGAAGGAACUAAUGGAGAAAUUGAAUACAAUUUUUCAAAAACGUUAAAUAGAGACGUUUAUGACAUUUUUGAACUGCAUAAAGGAAGUGGAGAGAUUCGUGUGAAAGGAAAAAUUGAUUAUGAAGUAAAUGACAUAUAUGAGCUGGAUGUUGAUGCAUCAGAUAAAGGGACACCUCCGCUGACAGGUGAAUGCAGAAUUAUAAUAAAGAUAAAAGAUGUCAAUGAUAAUGCCCCACAAAUUGAAGUGACUUCACUGUCAAAUAAAGUGCCUGAAGAUUCAAAACCCGGUACAGUUAUAUCCCUCAUCAGUGUCACAGAUAAAGACUCAGGUGCGAAUGCUAAAAUUAUUUCACAAAUAACAAAUAAUGUACCAUUUGAAUUAAAGCCAUCUUACAAGGAGAACACUUACUCGGUUGUCACGAAAAAAAAUUUGGAUCGAGAGGAUGUCUCACAUUAUGAAUUAUCAAUUAAAGCUAUAGAUUGUGGUCAGCCUCCUUUAUCUGCGUUUAAAACGCUAAACAUUCAAGUGGCUGACGUAAAUGAUAAUAGCCCACAUUUUGAACAAACCCCACUAGAAUUUUAUCUUUUCGAAAACAACAUUGCGGGAACAUCUGUAUUCUCCGUAACUGCAACAGACAAAGACAUGGAUGGAAAUGCUGCCAUUUCAUAUCAAAUAACGAGAUACGGGAAAACAAAUGACAUUGCAUCUUUCCUGAACAUUAAUUCUGAGAAUGGACAAAUUUCCGCUUUAAAAAGUUUUGACUUUGAGACAUUGAAAAGUUUCCAGUUCCAAGUGGUGGCCACGGAUGGUGGGAGUCCUCCCCUGAGCAGCAACGUGACAGUGAAGGUGUUCAUUCUGGAUCAGAACGACAACACUCCAGUCAUCCUUUAUCCGGUCAACUCCAACGGUUCUGCUCAAGGUGCGGAGGAGAUUCCCCGCAACAUCAAAGCGGGAGACUUGGUGACCAAAGUCCGAGCCUACGACGCCGACAUCGGCUAUAAUGGCUGGUUGCUCUUUUCGCUGCAGAGAGUCAGCGACCACAGUCUGUUUUCUUUGGACCGCUAUACUGGGCAGAUCAGAACACUUCGCUCCUUGACGGAGACGGACGAGGCAGAGCACCGCCUGCUCAUCCUGGUCAAAGACAACGGCAACGUGUCGCUCUCUGCGACGGCUACUGUCACCAUCAAACUCGUCGAGCCCAAAGAGGCUUUUGCGGCUUCAGACGUGAAAAGUGCGGCCACGGUGGACGAGGAGGACAAUGUGACUUUUUACCUGAUGAUCACUUUAGGCUCAGUGUCGCUCCUUUUUGUCAUCAGCAUCAUCGUGCUGAUCGCCAUGCAGUGCUCCAAAUCCACCGAGUACACUUCCAAAUAUCUGCAAGAAACCAAUUAUGAUGGCACGCUGUGUCACAGCAUCCAGUACAGAUCGGGAGACAAACGCUACAUGUUAGUUGGACCCCGAAUGAGUAUCGGCUCCACCAUAGUACCGGGCAGCCACGCUAACACUCUGGUGCUCCCUGACAGGAGACACACUUCUGGUGAGGUAAGAGCAUUGAUUAUUUGCUUUCUUUCUUGUUUGGCAUCUAACUGCACAUGUGACUUUUGGAGACAAGUGCUAAAGGCAAAGGAGCACCCUUUUGCUCGUCUUCUGCAUUAA